AAAGUUAUUCCUAAUUUGUGCUGAUUUCAGAUAAUGAAGAGUGAGGUGCUGAGAGUUACCCAUGAGCUGCAGGCCAUGAAAGAUAAGAUCAAAGAGAAUAGUGAGAAGAUCAAAGUGAACAAAACCCUGCCUUACCUCGUUUCCAAUGUCAUUGAGCUACUGGAUGUUGACCCCAAUGACCAGGAAGAGGAUGGAGCAAAUAUUGAUCUAGAUUCCCAGAGGAAGGGCAAGUGUGCUGUGAUUAAAACCUCCACUCGCCAGACAUAUUUCCUGCCCGUGAUCGGGUUAGUUGAUGCAGAGAAGCUAAAGCCUGGAGACCUAGUGGGUGUGAACAAGGACUCUUACUUGAUCUUGGAGACCCUACCUACUGAAUAUGACUCACGAGUGAAAGCCAUGGAGGUGGAUGAGAGGCCCACAGAGCAGUACAGCGACAUUGGGGGGCUGGAUAAACAGAUCCAAGAGCUGGUGGAGGCCAUUGUCCUGCCAAUGAAUCAUAAGGAGAAGUUUGAAAACCUGGGUAUCCAGCCCCCUAAAGGAGUGCUUAUGUAUGGGCCACCUGGAACAGGGAAGACCCUCUUAGCUAGAGCAUGUGCUGCCCAGACAAAGGCCACGUUCUUGAAGCUGGCUGGCCCACAGUUGGUGCAGAUGUUCAUUGGAGAUGGAGCCAAGCUGGUGCGAGAUGCCUUUGCGCUGGCCAAGGAGAAAGCUCCUUCUAUCAUCUUCAUUGAUGAGCUGGAUGCCAUUGGCACCAAGAGGUUUGACAGCGAGAAGGCUGGCGACCGGGAAGUGCAGAGGACCAUGCUGGAGCUUCUGAACCAACUUGAUGGAUUCCAACCCAACACACAAGUCAAGGUGAUUGCUGCAACCAACCGUGUGGAUAUCCUGGACCCUGCUCUGCUCCGGUCUGGACGCCUAGAUCGCAAAAUUGAGUUCCCGAUGCCCAAUGAGGAGGCCAGAGCUAGGAUUAUGCAGAUCCAUUCACGCAAGAUGAAUGUCAGCCCUGAUGUGAAUUACGAGGAGCUGGCUCGCUGUACAGAUGACUUCAAUGGAGCACAGUGCAAGGCUGUGUGUGUGGAAGCGGGGAUGAUCGCACUUCGGCGUGGAGCCACAGAGCUCACCCAUGAGGACUACAUGGAAGGAAUCCUGGAGGUUCAGGCCAAGAAAAAAGCCAAUCUGCAAUACUAUGCCUAAUCUCUGCACCGCAAUCAGGACAUGGUAUCAACUGAACUGUGGGUUUGUGAUUGAACUGUGCACAGCUGAUGCAUCCCACAUUCCAGACAGACAACUGGGGACAAAGCCUCGGCAGGACAGUGUAUGAAAUGAGCAUAAGCCAAGCAUUCUUGGGAAAAUAAAUUAUAAAUCUUCUGGAUAUUAAGCAACAAGCUACUGUGACUGCUCCAUCUUCAUGUUGGCAAUGGGUUUCCCUCUAAGCUCAUCACUCUUUUCAAAGAGAGCUCUUUGCUUGCAGUGAGGAGUCAUGUACCUCAGGUAGAAGGGAGGUUGAGCCCAGCAGCUGAAACUACUACCACUCUGUCUCCUUGUGGAACAAUUCCACAGUGACUGAAUGGUCCCUGUAGCUUAUUGGUCCUAGCUUUUGCACACACUCAUAACUAGGUCAUGUGCAUUAGCUGGCAGAUGCUGCUGCUUACUCAAAGAAGAGACUGACUUCAGCUACAGGAAGGGCCUGAUGUGGAGAGCAGAGGACCAACUCUCCCCUCCCCCCAGAAAGGGAAUGCUGGUUUGUUUAACUCCUGCUG